UCUCGUCUCCUCGCGACUCCGCCCGCCGCCGAUCUCCGUCCCCGCGAGGAGGGGCGCCGCCGCCCGCCCGCCCGUACUUCUGCUCCGGCCAAAUCCUGAUUGCAUGAUUCCACUGCAAACAGAAAUUGUAGUUGAGAACAGCGCAACCAAGGGUGCUGCCAAAGAGCAGAUUCUUUCUAGUACAAAUGAGAAAAUGACUACUAGUGUUCCCCAGGGUGCUAGCUCCUCAAAAUCGCCAAAAGGUGCACAAGAGAAGGCUGGUUUUUUGGGUAAAGGUGGAGAACAACCUUUCUACCCACCCAAUGUGUACGCACCUCAGCCACAAACAAUCUAUUCUGGAGGAUACAUGAACCAUUUGGGCCAAUGGGAAGAAUACCCCCAUUAUGUCAAUAUGGAAGGACUCCAUUCUGUAUCACCUGGAAUCUACAACGACAACCAGUCAAUCAUGUUAUCUCCUGGAUAUGCAAACAACCCUCAAAUGAUGUAUGGAGCUUAUUCUCCUGGCAUUGGAGAUGGCCAGCCAUACCUCCCCUUGCACUUUCCCUUCUCAAGUCCUUACUACCAGCCACCAGCCUCUCCUAGCAUGGGAUACUCUAAUUCCGCCACUGGAAUGUCUCAAGAUCCUAUGCUGCAGCAAGAGUACUUCCUUCCUGACGGCCUUCUCUACUCGCCAACACCAGGGUAUCAUCAACCAUUUGGGUCUUUUGACAGAGCAUCCACACAACCAAGCAGUGCUCCUGGUAUGUUUGGUCAAGGGAACACACCGCUGGCUUUUGGAAUGCAUCAUGGGUCAAUGUAUGCCCCUGGAUCCUAUAAGUCACGCCAACAAGGUGGUAAGUUUGGAGGUACUACACCAAGUUGGGGUUCUGGUCGCAGAUUUAGUGCUUUUGAGUUAAGUGCUAAUCAACAAAAAGGGAGCAUGCCAUUUGGGAUUCAGAAUGGUGCUCUCGAGUUCCUGAAUGAGCAAAACCGUGGGCCACGUGCUACAAAACCAAAGAAACAAGACACAGAGAACUCUUCAAUAGAUGAAAAAAAUGAGAAAAGUGUUUCACUGGUUGAUAGUGAACUGUACAAUCGCCCUGAUUUUGUCACUGAAUACAAGGAUGCAAAAUUUUUUGUAAUAAAGUCCUACACUGAGGACCAUGUACAUAGGAGCAUUAAGUACAAUGUUUGGGCCAGCACAGCUAGCGGGAAUAGAAAGCUGGAUUCUGCUUAUCGUGUGGCCAAAGAAAAAGAAGACUAUUGCCCUAUUUUCCUGUUUUUCUCGGUUAAUGGCAGUGGUCAGUUCUGUGGUGUGGCUGAGAUGAUUGGACCUGUCGAUUUUGACAGAAGUGUUGAUUACUGGCAGCAGGACAAGUGGAGUGGCCAGUUCCCUGUGAAGUGGCACAUUAUCAAGGAUGUCCCGAACAACCUGCUGCGGCACAUAAUUCUUGAGAACAAUGACAACAAACCUGUAACUAAUAGCAGGGACACCCAGGAGGUGAAGCUGGAACAUGGUUUACAGAUGUUAACUAUCUUCAAGAACCAUGAAUCUGAGACGAACAUUCUUGAAGACUUCGACUUCUAUGAGCAGCGGGAAAAAGCCUUGCAGGAGAAUAGACGUCAGCAGCAGCCUGCCAACAUAGAGCCCCAGAAACCAGCAGAGAAUAAGGCCCUAGGAGAACUUAUGGCCCACAUCUCGGACACGUUUGCGCAGACUGUCCAACUAAAAGAAACUGAGAAUAGCGGAAGCAAGCCUGAAGUUGAGGGUGUUACUUCAGCUGCUGAUGCGUCUACUGCAACCACCAAGGCUGAAGAUGGAACGGUGAAUGCAAAUGCAAAUGCUACCCCUGUGGAGUAAAGAAGUUGAUUUUCCUCCUCAUAUCAUUUACUAAUUUGGAGCAGCAGUUGGAUAAUAUGAUGCUUUUUUGGAGGUGAGAAGGGAAAAAGAGCUGGUUGAUUAUGUCAGGUGUGGCUGCUGCUUCAGUUGUACAACACCAUAGGCUUUGUUUCACCUCCCUUUAGGUUAUAAUUUCAAUAUCAUAGUUCCAAAAUUCUUCCUCGAUGUCAUCUUCUUUCCUUGUCUCAAUGUUUCCUUUCGCAUUACUUGUGUUUGGGUCAUGAAUGCUGUUCAAUGUGAGUGGUGGGUUUAGCCAUAAGAAGCUGCAUAAUUAUGCUGCGGUAGCUGUCCAGUCUC